AGGAAGCUUUGCCUGGUAAAGAAGUCCUUCUUGGUGAAGAAGCUGCCGAGGAGGGCAAUGCCAGAAAGAGACAAAUCCGCAAGCGAACGGGUGCAGAGCUCCUUUUCAUCGUGGUGCACAACUCGGCGGUGGCGUCACUGGCCAUGUUGGCCUGGGCCUUUGGCUGGCCCUCCUUGGCGCUUCACGCCUUUUGCCUGGAGAUUGGCUACGAGGUCUUCGACAGCUUCAGCCUGGGCUUCCAGAGGAUGGAGCCUGAGACGCUGAUCCACCACUUGGUCUCUCCGAUUUGCAUCUUGUGCUCCACGCAAACCGACAUCGACUUCCGAGUUCUUUGUCAGCUGAGUAUUUGCAUCGAUCUCUCCGGUGCGAUCCUGGGAAUGAGCAAGUUCCUACUGCGCUUCUCACAUCUGUCGGCAUCGCGCAUCUAUCAGUUCUUGUCAAUGGUGUACAUAUUCCUGCGGGUCAUCUUCCCGUUGAUUGCCAGCAACCCAGAGAUUGGGACUGUCGUGAUUCGUAUGCUUCUUGAGCUGGUGCAGCCUGCUGCCUAACUUGCUUGAACAAAAGCAUUGAGGGAGUUUGGGGAAGUGCAAGGACAGACACUGGCCAACAACAAGUUUUGAGUUCAUUGAACGAAAAGUCUAAUUAUUGUAAGGGCUCCGCCCUGGUGCCGCCGA